AUGGUUUCUACUACGAUACAAGAUCGGACAAAUGAAUUCCGCGCGAUCCUCACCCAAGUCCAAAGACGGCAGUCUGCGACAAAAGGAGGCCCCCAACGACAGUCCCUCUUGACGGAUGCACAGAAGCGAGAAGCCAAUGGCAGUCCUGCCGGUCCUACACGAAGUCAAAGGUCGGAGUUCGCUCGCAAUGCGGCCCAAAUUAGCCGUGGCAUCACGGCGACAAUGGGAAAGCUGGAAAGACUGGCGCAGCUCGCAAAGAGAAAGGCCAUUUUUGAUGACCGGCCAGUCGAAAUCUCCGAACUCACAUACGUUAUCAAACAGGACCUAGCCAACCUUAACUCUCAGAUAUCGGCCUUACAACACCUGACGCAAUCCCAGCAUCCGACCGCAUUCCAGCCUCGAUCCGCUGACCAGGAAGGGCAACAUAAUAAGAACGUGGUGCUGAUGCUACAAAACAAAGUCACUGAUGUGGCUGCCAAUUUCAAAGAUGUUUUGGAAGUCCGGACCAAGAAUAUCCAGGCCUCGCGGUCAAGGACGGAGAAUUUCGUGUCGUCAGUUUCGGCGCGCUCGCAAUCCCAUCUCGACGAGUCCAGAUCUGAGUCGCCUCUCUACCAGAGUGUGUCCAGCCGUCAAAGAACUCCGCAGGCGUCCGCGAACGAUCUAUUGACGUUGGAGCCGUCAAGUUCGUCUACCUUGAUGAAAGGUGGUGGGGUAUCAGAUCAUCAAUUAUUAUUGAUGGAAGAGGCGCAGCCGACAAACACAUAUAUCCAAGAGAGAGGUCAGGCCAUUGAGGCCAUUGAGCGGACGAUAAACGAACUCGGGGGUAUUUUUGGUCAGCUUGCAAGCAUGGUAUCGGAACAAGGAGAGAUGCUGCAACGCAUCGAUGCCAACACCGAAGAUGUCGUCGACAAUGUCCAGGGCGCACAACGGGAGUUAUUGAAGUAUUGGAAUCGUGUACAAGGGAACCGAUGGCUUGUGGCAAAAAUGUUUGGCGUGCUCAUGAUAUUCUUCCUACUUUGGGUAUUAAUAUCGGGCUGA